UGCGCCCACUACUGCAAACUCUCUCCCUCUGUAUGAUCCCUCAGCAUCUCUCUCUCUCUCUCUCUCUCUCUCUCUCUCUCCAGUUCUCCUCAAAUAGCAAAGGCCUAAACUUUACGCACACACGAAGAUAAUGGCGAGUUCAACUGUAGCAUUGGAGGACGUUCCUUCUGUUGAUAUUAUGACCGAACUCCUUCGCCGCUUCAACUGCUCCUCCAAGCCUGACAAGCGUCUCGUUCUCAUUGGUCCACCUGGCUCAGGGAAGGGUACACAGUCCCCCAUUAUCAAAGAUGACUACUGUUUGUGCCACUUGGCCACUGGUGAUAUGCUGAGAGCUGCAGUUGCUGCUAAGACUCCCCUGGGGAUUAAGGCUAAAGAAGCCAUGGAUAAGGGAGAACUUGUAUCCGAUGAUUUGGUUGUUGGGAUAAUUGAUGAAGCAAUGAAGAAACCAUCUUGUCAAAAAGGAUUCAUUCUGGAUGGCUUUCCAAGGACGGUUGUUCAAGCACAGAAGCUUGAUGAAAUGCUUCAGAAGCAGGGAACUAAAAUUGAUAAGGUGCUCAACUUUGCAAUUGAUGACUCAAUAUUGGAGGAAAGGAUUACCAGCCGUUGGAUCCAUCCUUCUAGUGGUCGGACUUACCACUCUAAAUUUGCACCUCCCAAAGUUCAAGGUGUUGAUGAUGUUACAGGAGAGCCUCUGAUUCAAAGAAAAGAUGACACUCCAGAAGUUCUAAAGUCAAGGCUGGAAGCAUUCCACAAGCAAACUGAACCUGUUAUUGAUUAUUAUGCCAAGAAAGGUGUUCUUGCGCAGCUUCAUGCAGAGAAACCCCCAAAAGACGUCACUGCUGAGGUUCAGAAGGUUCUUUCUUCAUAAGAGUGAUUGCAAUGUUGGAUAACCAAAUCAGCAGUUUUCUCCUUCCAAUUUCUAUCCAAGACACUUGAUUCAUGGUAGUUAUCAAGUCCUCUGAAGUAUUUUGUUCUAGUUGUCCAAUAAAAUUUUGCAUUAUAAUUUUGUGGCAGUACUCAUAGUUUGUUUUUGAAUCUUUAGCUCUUCAUUUCUCUGGCUGAUCAUCAAGGCCAUGUAGUUCUGUUUCUUCAUCAGAUACCGAAAUUGACAA